ACACCAACAUCAGCACUAUUACGCGAACGCACCGUAAUGUGAAAAGUUGAAGCAGUUAACCACGACUUAUCAGAACUACGACAAAAAAUGCAAAAAGCGAAAACAACAUCGUCAUUAUACUUUUUCAAUUUUAAUCCUGCGAUAUAAUUUCUUUUUUACGAUUGUUAACUAGGAGCCCAAUGUUUUGAUUGCUUCCAUGUCAGCUGAAGAGUUAGCAAAUGUCAACUCAUACUCUUUUGUGCGUCGUUCAUAAGAAAACAUGUACUAUCAUAAUUUUUGACGGAGUAAAUAAAUAAGUGGCAGUCAGUAUCAAGAAUAUUUAUUACAGUUUGAUGUUGAUGAUUUAACUAGACAGACUGGAAAUGGACUGUGAGGAAUUCUCUCUCCCAGAUAUUGACAUGGAGCAACCAGUACUAGAUGAGUUUCCUGAUUCUGCCAGUAAAUGUGUAGAAGUGUGGACAGAAAAGCUUGAAAAGGGCAUACUGUCCUGUGCUCACUUUAAAGAACACUGGCGUAUAUACGUGCCGAGGAUAUAUAGUCCAGAUCCUAAGGGAAAUUGUUUGGACUUCAACUACGAUGAAGCAAAGGCCCAAGAAAUUUUAUUUCAGCCUCUAGAAAGAUUCAUCUGCAAUGGGGACCCUCAAGAAGUUUUUAGUGCACUAACACAGACAGCAAAUCGAUCAACUGUAUGUGGUAGAGUCUUCAAAAUAGGUGAGCCGACAUACAGCUGCAGAGAGUGUGGUAUGGACUCAACAUGUGUUCUCUGUGUUGACUGCUUUAAACAGUCAGCUCAUCGUAACCACAAGUAUAAGAUGGGAACCUCUGGCGGUGGUGGAUGCUGUGACUGUGGAGAUACGGAAGCCUGGAAAAGUGAACCUUUCUGUGAUAUACAUGCUGCUGGUUCUCAAGCAGGGCAAGAACCUGUCAAGUGCUUACCAGAUGAUAUGGCAGAAAGAGUACGUGCAACUUUCAGUGCUGUUCUCAAAUAUGCAUAUCAGUUGUUGACUGUGGAACAUCUGAGAGUGCCUUCAGAUUUGAGCAUUAAGGAAUCAGAAGAAGGAACAUUAGGUCUCUUUGACACUGACACUCACUGCACUGUUCUCUAUAAUGAUGAGACUCACACCUUCGAACAAGUGAUUACUACUUUGUCGAGAGUUAUCAAAUGUUCACAGAAAGAUGCUAUAGAUUAUGUGACGAACAUAGACAGAGAAGGUCGUGCUGUUGUGAAGUGUUCCACUUUUCCACAUUGCAAAGAACUGAAAGCAGAAAUUGAGCGUUUUACUGCACGCCACGGAAACAGACCUUUGAAAGUACUUGUUGUGCAUGCUCAUGUAAUUGCUCAUCAAGUAUUUGCAAUGGAGCUUUUAGAGUGGUUACAAAAAAUUCUUGGCUAUGGGGAAGGCUUCCGUGUGGUUUUCAGUGAGGUAGCACUAGAGCUUGACCAUCAGGAAUCUUCAAUAAUAGAGGGCAUUUUGGUCAGAGAUUCCCAUUUGUGGAAAUCUGCACGCACUCACUGGCACCGUCUUAUUAUUUCUGGACUCCUGAUGGAGUAUGAGAGCAAAAAGGCAUUUGCUAAACUCUUCACAAAGACAUACAACGUUGUCCUCAAAGACUUCAUGCGAGAUGAUCACGAUCACGCAUUUUCUAUUGCCUCUAUGUCAGUGCAGGUCUUUACAGUCCCUACAUUGGCUCAUUAUCUCAUAGCAGAGGAAGAUGUUCUGUAUAUCCUGUUGAAUGCUUUUAUAUCGGAAUGCGUCCGUAAAUGCAACAAAGCAGGGAAACUAGAAUUUGAAAGAAAUUCAUCAAAUGGUACUUUCAAACGUGCCCAGUUCAUACUUUAUGACUUGCGUUAUCUCCUGAGUGCAAAGCCAACUGUAUGGACAGAUGAGCUACGUAAGGGAUUCCUUCACGGUGUUACGUACUUGCUUAAUCUGUUAUCAAUGAUGCAAGGAAUGGACCAGAUAACCAGGCAAGUUGGACAGCAUAUGGAGUAUGAACCUGAAUGGGAAUCAGCUUUCAAUCUCCACAUUAAACUUGCACAUGUAAUAACAUUGGCUCUGGAAUGGUGUGGUACAGACAGAACAGUUCUGAUAAAAGCCUACAGAGCUACUCUAAAAAAAUUGCACGAUCCCUCUCAAGUUGGAGAGGUGCGGGAGUUGGCCGAUCACAGUGCACCGUGUUUAAUUUAUGAUGUAUCUCAGCAGCCAGUCUCUAUACAUCUACCAUUAUCUCGUUUUUUAGCUGGCUUACAUCUUCAUUUGGAGAAAUUUGGUUUAGAAUUUAGAAGUAAUGAAUUCAAGAAUAUACCUAAACCAACUCCAGAACUAAUUAUUGAACCAGUACUAAGAACACAGGUAAUGAUUUCUCAAGUGCACGCUGGAAUGUGGCGUCGCAAUGGUUACUCUCUUUUGAAUCAGCUUUAUUUUUACCACAAUGUCAAGUGCCGAUCGGAGAUGUUGGACAGGGAUAUCAUAUUGUUACAGGUGGGAGCAUCAUUGAUUGAAAGCAAUGAAUUCCUCAUACAUUUGCUCAAUAAAUUCAAUCUCUUAAACUGGGCAAAUCCUCAGUUUGAAACAAAUAUCCUCAGAAACCCAGAGGAGGAUAGUAUGAGGCAGACAAUAAAUUUAGUUGAAGAGUUCCUUGGCCUUCUUAUAACAAUUGUUAGUGAAAGGUACACACCUGGUGUUGGUAAAGUUACAGAAGAUGACAAAAUAAAAAAAGAAAUAAUCCAACAGCUGUGUAUAAAACCACUGCCACAUUCUGAGCUAAACAAAACUCUCCCUGAGGAUGUCAACCAUGAAACUGGGAUGGAACGGGUAAUUGAUCAAGUUGCAGUGUUUAAAAAGCCUGCACAGGGAACAGGGAAAGGUGUGUAUGAGCUGAAACCUGAAUAUUAUGAUCAAUAUGAUGUUUUCUUUUACCACUAUACAAGAGAAGAAUUGUCAAAGUCAGAAGAAGCCCAGAGGAAGAGGAGGAAAGCUCUUGGAGAGUUGGAAUGCUGUCCUCCUCCUGUUCUUCCACCACUCAGUGAAGCUUUUAUGAUGAUGGCAAAUCUGUUGCAAUGUGAUGUAAUGCUGCACAUUAUGAAAACUGUGUUGGAACGUAGCAUUAAUCUUAGAGCAAGAAGUUUUUCAGAAGCUCAGCUCCACAAGGUGCUUCACCUCGUAGGUUACGCUUUGCACGAAGAAGAACAGAAGCAUUACCAAUAUAUGGUAUUUGUUGAACGUGCAGAGAAGUGGGGACUUGAAAACCUAAUUGAAGAGUUGUGUGGUAGUGCAAGAGUUGAGGCGCACAAAGAUUUGCUACAGUGGACACUAGGAAAGUAUAGGCAAGUUGCUGCAGCUCGCAAACUUGGUCACGUACAACCUGCACCUCAACCUCAGCAUCAAGAGGGGGUAGGUCAGGCAGAAGAUUCUGCAAAUGAGGAAAAGGAAUGGAGAGCAAAAAUGGCAGCUCAGAAGAGGGCAAAAAUAAUGGCCCAGAUGACAGCAAUGCAAAAGAACUUUAUGAAGGAAAAUGCCAAGUUAUUUGAAUCAGCUCUUGCAGAGAGCUCUUCACAAAAAGAAAAUGUGGAAAUGUUCAUGGAUGUUUCAGAACAGUCAGAAUGUCAGCCCAUUGCCCUAGGACCGAAACAGACAACACGGGCAACAACGGACCGCACACAUACUUGCAUUUUAUGUCAGGAAGAUCAGACAGUUUCUGCUGGUGGACAAGCACUUGUUGUUUCUGCUUUUGUUCAAAAAUCAACAGUACUCUGUACUCACAGGGGACUGUCUGAAGAAUAUCUGGAAAAAAUGUCCGAGCCUUUAUUUCUCUCAGCUUCUAUUGGGCCAGCUCCAUUUACUGGCACUUGUGGUCACGUAAUGCACAGUAAUUGCUGGGAAAAAUACUUUGAGAAUGUCCUGGCCAAAGAGUCGCGACGACCGUAUCGGCUCCGGCAGCCAGCAAGCUUUGACAUUGAGAAACAGGAAUUUCUGUGCCCACUUUGUGAGUGUCUCAGUAAUACACCGUGCCCACUUGUUCCUCCUGUUGGAUCUCUAAUAUCAAAUUCACAAGCUGCUUUGACAAAUUUAUCAUUUGAAAAAUGGAUCUCAGGUUUGCACCUUGCUUUAAAAUACAAGAAAAAGAUUAGCAAGACAUUAAGAAGUAUGGAGAAAAAACAAACUGAUUCAGCAAGUGACAGUGGAGGUGGAACUGGUGAAGGUGGAGAGGAAGAAGAGGAGGAUGUACAAGUCAUGGAAUCACUUUACUACACGUGCCCAAUCCACCAGGUUGUUGUUGAACUUGGGGAAGAUGGAGAAGCAUUUGCAUCACUAUUUUCACGUAAUAACCUGAGGACUGAGUUUUCAGAAAAUCUGUCUACAUUCAUAUUACUGUUUGCACAAGCCACUUUCACUAAAAGUCUGGGUUCACACCCUAAGUAUGGUGAUUCAAGGAUUGUUCUGAUGGCAUGGAAAUCUUGUGCAUACACAGUUCAUGCUAUGGAAUGUCUUCUCAGAGAUACUGGCAAGCCAUUGCUUGGUGAUCUAUCGUCAAGACAGCAAGACUGCCUGGAAGGUCUGAUUCGUCUUGUAGCAGUGCUUGGAACGACGUGGAAGUUUCCAGAUAUGAUAAGCAGCCAUGCUUUGAGAUUACUUACAAUAAUUUUAGAAAGCCCGCAUGAUGAACCUUGUAUCCUUGACUGGGAUACAUUUGGUGUGCUUUUACCUUUGACGUUGUCACUAUCCAGUUUGUUUUUAACUGAUGGUGCUGUUCCUAUUCCUACUGGGGGUUUGCAGGAGCUAUAUAUUUUUCGACUUAUGUUGUUGUGUAACAUUGUAAAAGUACUGUUAACCAAUGAUUUUGAAACCACUGAAAUGAGCAUGGAAGUAGAGGGUGAACCAGACGAAACUGAAAAGCUCAUUGGUUUUAUUACGGAUGUCAGAAGAGCUGCUGGAAUUGCAUCAGAAACUAAUAUUCAAGUAAAGGCAGUAUGCAGACUUGUGCAGGAAGCAUGUAUACCAUUUCUGCGUUGUUGUGUCCUGUUUUACCAUUUCUUGACUGGCGUUCCAGCUCCACAGGUGUUGCUGGAGGUUGGUGGAGACACUUUUGAUAAUAUGUGCACUUAUCUUGGAUUGAACAUUACACUUUCAGAACUGGUAUGUGGAGAUGUGAACAGAGACUUGGCUGUGCGAUGGUGUCAACAUCCGAAGGUGCAGCAGUACCUGUCUGGAGCAUCAAAGUAUCCAUUUGUUAAAGUUCCUCAGCCGGUAAACCAACUCAUUUCUUUGCCUGUUGAUUACAGUGAAUUAAUCAACACUGUUUCACUCUUCAUUUGCCCAAACAGUGACCGUGAAGAUUCUCGUAAUCCAACUAUGUGUCUAGUGUGUGGUGACAUGUUGUGCUCACAGAGUUAUUGCUGUCAAACUGAACUGAAUAAGACAUUAGUUGGUGCAUGCACUUACCAUGCACACGAAUGUGGUGCAGGAGUCGGUAUUUUUCUUCGUGUACGUGAAUGUGAAAUUUUGUUACUGGCCAGUCCCAAUCGAGGAUGUUUCAUGUCCCCACCCUAUUUAGACCAGUAUGGUGAGACAGAUCAGGGAUUGCGAAGAGGUAACCCAUUGACAUUGUGCCCUGAGAGGUACAAAAAAUUACAAUUGUUGUGGUUGAGUCAUGGUAUCUACGAAGAAAUUACUCGACACUUGGAGUCUACAACUAAUAUUGUUACAACACAGUGGCAACAUCUUUAGUCACUUAGAUUAUUGUUGUUUAUGGAGGUCAUUGUUAAACUUCUGUCAAGUAUUAAUAUCUCAUUCACUAUGAAUUUUUCCACAUUUCAUAAACUAUAUUGCCAUGCAACCAAAAUUAGCAGAAUGUCAUUUUAAAAAAUACUGUUCUUCUGUUUCAUGAAGUUCUUUUGAUGUUAUUCAUUAUAUGACUGUUUGGAACUGUAAUGUAUUUUUAAUUUGAUUUCCAGGUGUAUAUAAUUUUGUUCUUAAAGAACAAAAAAAUCUUUGGAGGCUGUAAGAAGGAAUUGUACAGAAUAGUAAAUAGUAAUUAAUUUUUUACUUAGAAGUGUCUAGUUAAUGAGUUCAUUUUUUUGUUUCUUUUUCUGGAUUGUUUCUUGUCUUAAAUUGUUUGUAGUGUCUGCUGUGAUACUCUCGCCAUCAUUAGAAAUGAGUUAUAACUGUUUUACAGUAUUUAUUAAUGCACCUCUUAACAACGAACGCUGCCACAUGAAGAUGCGUGAAUAAUGAGAGACUUGUCAUGGCAGUGUUAAAUGGUAUAGUUUUCUAGGAGAUUUUAAACCCUUUUUACAUAUUCUAUUUAUUGCAGAGAUGUGAGCAGCUGCAAAUAAUUCUGAAAUAUCAUUCACCAGAUGCUCAGCAUAUCUUUUGAAGAUAUACCAAGUACCUCUAUAGUAUUUUCUAGUUACAUGUACAUAUUGAUAACGUGUACAGUACAAUAAUUGACAAAAUGUAAAUAAAUAUGAAACAUGAUACAUGGUCAAAUAUUAUUGAGAAAACUAUAUUGUUUGGUGGUGAUGGUAAACUGAAAUUUCAGUUGUAUCAUCCCCAGCACAUGGUGUGGAUUAGUAACCUGAAAAGUCUUUCACAUUAUUUUUUAGUGGAGUUAAUGUGAUGUGCAUUGGAAAAUUGGUUACAUAGCUUACAGGUGGUUUAAACUGUCUAGAUUAUAUUGCUCAUGUGUGGAAUGUUUAGUUUGAAAGCCAAUUUCAUGGUCAGCAUUUUCCAGUACAAUACCCUGUUUGCUUGUUAUAAACAUGUACAGUGAUUAUUGAUCUGAUGGCUGCAUUGAAACUAAUAGUAAGUGAAACAUAGGUUUUUGGUUGUACUUACUGUGCAAGUAUGAUUCGGUAUAUUUCGCUGGAAGUGUUGAACUAAAACAGAUCUCAAACUGUGGUUAAAACCAUUCAUAGAGGGCUGAAACUCAGGAUUCGUUAUUUUGGAAUUGUACUGAAUAAUUGCAUAAUAUUUAACUUUGCUAUGUGUUAGUUGAAAUUAUGUUAUUUGUUGACAGAUUGUAAUAUAAACAUGUAUUCUUUUUUGUUAUGGAGCUUACAAUGAGAUUUUUGCCUAGUUAAUGAAUUCUUGUAAAAACAAACAUUUCUUGGACAUAGUUCACGGAGAUAUGGCAGAAGUUUCUGAAAGCAAAUAUUUUAUUCUAUGUUUUAUGAACUUCAGAAGUUACAAAGAUAGAAUACAAUGCAGAACACAGGGUCAGUGGACACAACAAACUGAAGAAAUGAAUAAAAUAUUGCUAGAGAGAUGGCAGCUACUGUAUUUGAUUGAAUAGCUACAGCAAAUAAAAAUAGAUAGGAAUUUUGUGUGGGUGUGGAAAGGAAGUAGAUAAAUCAAAAAUUAGUUUGAAAGUAUGACAGCAAAAGAAAAAGGCAGAAAGGGGUGGGAACUACAGAAUUGGUCAUGGAAGUAAUGUUUUGUUGAGUGUGCAGUGAGUUCCAUUGUGUUGACACCAUUGUAAAAUGCCUAUGAGAACUUCCAAAGGAACUGCUGCACAGUGCAUAUUGUUUCUUAAAUGGCUAACACGCAGUAUUACAGUGGAUGUGGCUGCAUGACUGAAAGCAAAAGAUAUGAGGCAUUUUUUGCAUAAUGAAUUUUCAUAUGUAUGUGAAGUAAAUGGUUCUGGAGGUACAAUAAUUGCAAAGAAGGGUUGUUGGGUUGUGACAUGCCCUAGAAACUAUUGAGAGAAUCUUAGUGACAUUAAACUUCCAUUUUGAAGAACUUUGAGGGAAUCUGUCAUAUUGAAGUGACUAGCUUGCUUAUUCCAUCCAAAAAUUGUGAAAAAUAAUGCCCUGACAUUUUGAAAGGCUGCUGAGAUAAAACAUCCAGUUUCAGGGAGCUAUUUGCAUUCUAUUGGUGUUUAUUCACAAAAUAGCUUUAUAUUAGGAUCUGCCACUGACUUUUCAGUUUGGAAGGGGGUGGGAGUGUAUACGAAAAAGGGUGUGCAACAAGAGCUGCUUACACCCACAUAGAUUAUUAUUUUCAGUUUCAUUCUCCCAGCAGAAAUAUUUCUGCUGCAGUGCCACUGGCUAUUUUUUGAUUAUCUUUGAAUUUGUUUUGACUGCUGCAUUGUGUCUGACAUUACAGAUUAAUGCUUUUUUUUUUAUCACAGACUCAGAAUUAGUUUACAGCUUUCUCUGACAGAGGGCAUAUGUAUUUUAUUUUAAAGAUAAAUAUACUGUUAAUGAGUUAUUAGUAAUUAUUCCAAACUACUUUUCAGUCUUGAAUUAGUUGAGAAAGGUCCAGAUAAGUAAGUUUCGUUCAGCAGUGAAAAUCUUCAGUUCUGUGUAAAAGCAUGUAGAAAUCACAAACAUCAGACAACUGCACCACAGCUAUGCAAUCACAAUAUUCAUAUAAUCAAAAUAUGACUCAUUCCGACUUAAAACUCGUGUAAAACAACAGUUCAGUAAAAUCCAACCCAUGUUGUGACUGCCCAAGAUUAUGAUAUGCAAUUAUUUUUAUCAGUUACAGCUCUGAGAAGGUAUAAAUGAUUACUAGUGAUUUCAACCAUCAGAAGCCAUCUUCAGAUUUGUAAAUCAUAAAAGCGAAAUAUGUAGUAGCUCAUUUUGUAUAUUUCUCCCUUUACUUGGAUAUGGGAAGGCCUGGUGGAAUUUCUAAGGAAACCUAACAACUCGACAGAUAGUAGAGGUACGAAGUCACUGAAAGGCACAUCAAAAAGACUUUGAAGGUGGCCUGUAAUGGCUGAAAUUAGUUAUGAUCAAUUUUACCUUUUUUCAGCUAUGACUGACAUAAACAUUAUCAUCAUCAUACAUCCUAGCCAAAAUAGAAAUUUUGUGCAGACACUCUAUUAUCCAUUCAGUCUGUUUUUGUUGUUCCCUGAUAUCCAUGAUGUUUGCCUAACACAUUUCUCAUACUUCUGUGACAGUGCCUUUUACAUAAUGUGAUUAGUUGUCUCAAGCAGUUGCCAGUCAGAAUCAGCAAUGUUUCAAGAGAAAAAAUAUUUAUAAAGCUGGGUAUAUUGUUCAACAUUGUUUGAGCAAAGCUAUAAGGAACACACUACUGUUGUGUGACCACCAAAAGACUCUGGAAGAAUGAGUGUGGUAGUGUAUACUUCCAACACAAACUACUUUGUUAAUGAAUGUAGUUUUUUUGUAGAACAGGAGAAAUUGGAAUGCAUUUUUAUAAGCUUAGUUUUCAGUUUCACGUUGCUUUCUAAGUAUUUACUAUAUACCUGGUGCUUUUUUUAUGAUUUCAUUUAUCAACUUUUGUAUUCUUAUAAUUCUCUAUAUAUUGGCAUUUGUUCUUUAUCCUUUCGUCUUCUCUCUUCCUUUUCAAUACAUUUAAUGCUAUAGUGUGCGUUAUUCACGAUCACUGGUCUUCUGCAUUGAAUCAUUAUCUCCUCUGACAUGAAAUGUAUCACACUUUAUCGAUAAUACUACUGUUCAUCUUGAUACUCAAGCACAUUAAAAAUAUAAAACAUCUGUUUAAAAGGUCAGUUGAUGGAUGCAAAAGACUAGCUUCCAGAACCAUCCACUAGAAGACAGAAAAGUUUGGUAUAGUGGGAGUACUUAAGAAUAAAAGUUGUCCACAACUCCAAAUCAAGAGACAGAUGAAGACAGGGUGAGAGGAAAGUCCAUAUCCCUCUUCUCUCUCCCUUUGUAGUAUUUGAUGACAAUACUACUUAUCAUUGAAUAAUUUGAUGUUCUGCAAUCUUACCUUAUCUUUUGCUUGAUGACAGAAACUGUCUGCUGCUGCCUAAUAAGCAAAUGCUAUUUGUAUCUUGUUUUUGAUGUAAUUUAACUUGAGGGAUUCUUUUCCUUUACAUUUUGUGUUCAUGACAUUUGAGUUUUGAGCAAUCUAUUUUUCAGUCUGUCAUUUUUCCCUACCAUUCUGCCUUCUAACAGCCCCUAUUACUGUCCUUUUUUGCCCAGUGUCCUCAUGACUGUCAAGUAGUUUUAAACUGAUUAAGUAUGAAAUCAAUGUGAUCUUAUCAGUAACAUGUUUAUGGGCUUUAUGUUAAAGAAAAUUUUGUUCCUGAUUUAUGCCAUUCAACAGUAGUUUGUGUAUAAAAAUAGUUAACUGUGCCAGUACUGGUAUUAUUUGCAAUUCAUUGUGUUUAAAAAGAAAGAAGCUGUCCCUAGGAGACUUGCCAUCCGAAUUUUCAUCUCAUUUUUUUCUCAUUCUAGCUGUGUCUGGUUCCACUCUAGUUACUUGUGUUCUCUUUGUGUUCCAUUAAUUUAACUUUUCUGUAAUUUAUUUAGUUGCCUGUACAUAGUUGCCUGUUAUUUGUUAAUAUAAAAUAUUUGUAUUCUUCAUUGUUGAAAUUUUAUUUACUGCGUGAUAAAUAAAAACUGUUGUAAUUA